AUGACUCAUAAUGAAUACCUCAUUGGCACUUGCUUUAGCUGUAAAAAAUGUCUCUAUUGUGGAGCUGAACUUAGUAUUCAGAAAAAAAUGUGUUUAUGUGAUAAAACUAUAAAACCACACAAAAAUAACCGAACUGAUAAAGUAAGAAAUGUAUUCUCUCGAAUUUUAAAACCUGACUUGCCACCCAAACAGCUUGAAUAUAUUCAAGAGAAGAUUAAUUAUUUCAAAUAUUCCAUAAAUUUUAACACAGAGUUUAAAUUUUCUUUCUACUCUGCCUGCAAUAGUGCAUUUCAAAGAAAAAAAUCUAAAACUGCAUUAAAAGCUUCUACUUCACAUAAUGUGGAUAUAGAACUUGAAAACAAUUUGGAAAAUAAUAUUAGUAUUGAUUUGGAUGAAAAAUCAGAAGCAGAACAAAUUAUUUCAUUCAAUUUGAUGAUAAAAUCAUCUACUGGUCCAACAUUGCCAUCUAAAUGGGUAGAAAUAGAAGCAUCAUCACUAGAUGAUAUUCUUGCAUGUGUGCAUCAAUACGUUGUAAAAUUAACUGGUGAUAAAGAGAUAAUGCAUUCAGAUUACUUAGUAUCAUAUAAACCAGAAAAAGCUGAAGGAGUUGGAACACAAUUGAUGGACGCACAAGAUUAUAAAAAAUUUCUUUUGGAUUACAAAAAAUUGUUGGAUAAAAAGAAAAAUAUAGUGAUUUUAGUAUCUUUAAAAAAGAAAAAGCAGAAGAGAAAGGAGAUUUCAGAUUCUGAAGAAUCAAAUGAUGAAGAGGUCAGUGUACAUAAAAGGAAAAAUGCAGUUCCAAAAGUAGAUGAUUUUUCUGCAAUUUUACAACAAGAAGGGCUUAUAAUUCAUGAAUUAAGAGAGCAAUACAAGUGUAAUCAACAUGGUGCGUCAUGUUUUGUUGAUGAUAAAAGAUAUAUAAAGCUUACUGCGAUGCAUUUUCAGUGCUGGGCUAAGGAAAUUAUUCGAGGUACUACAGAUAAUACUCAGGUGCCAAAUUUACCAAUUUUUUCACGAUCUAACAGUGUUAAAGAAAAGCCCAAAGUAUCAACACCUAUGGUUUCCAAUUCAGAUCAUAAUACAGCGCCCAUUUUUUUUGCUUUUCCAUCACAAAUGAUUCAAUCAUUUGUGCAAAAUCCAACUACAAGUAGUUUACCAAAUAAUGUAUUAUCAUUUUCAAGACAACAACCAGUUCCAUCUCUUGAUGAGUUUUUUGAUGAAUUGUCAAGUAAAAAUGAAGAAUUUUUAAGAUUUAAAAGUACUUUUGAAGAUGAACAAAUUACUGUAGAUCAAAUUUGUGAUCUUACCGAUGCUGAAUUUGAUCAACUGGGUAUAAAUAAAAUUGGAUGGCGUAAAGCAUUUAGAGCUGCAGCACAACGUUACCAUCAAUAA